UUUGGAAGCCGCUUGAUGGCGUCACUUGACGGCGCGUUGUGAGUGACGUGACGGUUCGGGCAAUUGGCGGCAUCCGGGCCUGGGUUCUCGGUGGGACCUAAGGCGGCCGGAGGAGUUGGAUUUUAGGGCAGGGGAAGCUGGGCGGCCGGCGCCAUGGGCUUUCUGAAGUUGAUAGAGAUUGAGAAUUUCAAGUCGUACAAGGGACGGCAGAUCAUAGGACCCUUCCGCCGCUUCACCGCCAUCAUCGGUCCCAAUGGAUCAGGAAAAUCCAAUCUUAUGGAUGCCAUCAGCUUUGUGCUGGGGGAGAAGACAAGUAACUUGCGUGUGAAAACUCUUCGCGAUCUUAUUCAUGGAGCGCCAGUGGGAAACCCUGCCGCUAACCGCGCCUUUGUCAGCAUGGUAUAUGAAGAAGACAACGCGGUAGAGAAGGUUUUUUCGAGACAUAUUAUUGGCGGAUCUUCUGAAUAUAGAAUCAACAGCAAGGUUGUUCAACUGGCAGAGUACAGCGAUAAUCUGGAGAAGUUGGGGAUCUUGAUUAAAGCCAGAAACUUCCUGGUGUUUCAGGGCGCAGUCGAAUCCAUUGCCAUGAAGAAUCCCAAGGAGCGUACGGCUUUGUUUGAGGAGAUCAGCAGGUCGGGGGAACUGGCAGCAGAAUAUGAUAAGCGCAAGAAGGAGAUGGUUAAAGCAGAGGAAGACACGCAGUUCAACUAUCACCGCAAGAAAAACAUUGCUGCGGAGAGAAAGGAGGCCAAACAGGAGAAGGAAGAGGCCGAGCGUUAUCAGCGCUUGAAAGACGAAGUGAUUCGAGCCCAGAUCCAGUUGCAGCUGUUUAAGCUGUACCACAAUGAGUGUGAGAUUGAGAAGCUGAACAAAGAGCUGGGAACCAAGAACAAGGACAUAGACAAGGACAAGAAGCACAUGGACAAGAUCGAGGAGGAACUGAAGGAGAAGAAGAAAGACCUGGGCAAAAUUAUGAGAGAGCAGCAGUCUAUAGAGAAGGAGAUCAAGUAAGUCCUAAUAAAGCAGCAGAGGGCAGACACAAACUAGAAGCGCCCACAGUACAUCAAAGCCAAGGAAAACACUUCUCACAAGAUCAAGAAGUUGGAAGCAGCUAAAAAGUCGUGUCAGAAUGCCCAGAAGCAAUAUAAGAAACGUAAGGCAGAUAUGGAUGAGCUGGAGAAGGAGGUGCAAGCUGUGGAGAAGGCCAGACAGGAGUUUGAAGAGAGGAUGGAGGAAGAGAGUCAGAGUCAAGGCAGAGACCUUACACUUGAGGAAAACCAGGUGAAGCAAUACCACCGCUUAAAAGAAGAAGCCAGCAAGAGGGCCGCCACCCUCGCCCAAGAAUUGGAGAAAUUCAAUCGCGAUCAGAAGGCCGAUCAAGAUCGCCUCGAUUUGGAGGAGAGGAAGAAAGUGGAGACUGAGGCGAAAAUCAAACAGAAAUUGCGUGAAAUAGAAGAAAACCAAAAAAGAAUCGAAAAAUUGGAGGAAUAUAUUGCUACCAGCAAGCAGUCCUUGGAAGAGCAGAAGAACCUUGAAGAGACAUUGACCGAGGAUGUGGAAAUGGCUAAGAGGAGAAUUGAUGAGAUCAACAAGGAGUUAAACCAAGUGAUGGAGCAGUUGGGAGACGCCAGGAUUGAUCGCCAAGAGAGCAGCCGGCAGCAACGCAAAGCUGAAAUCAUGGAGAGCAUUAAGAGGCUGUAUCCUGGUUCUGUGUAUGGGCGUCUGAUUGACCUCUGCCAGCCCACUCAGAAGAAAUACCAGAUUGCAGUCACCAAGGUGCUUGGCAAAAACAUGGACGCCAUCAUUGUUGAUUCGGAGAAGACUGGCAGAGACUGCAUCCAGUAUAUUAAAGAGCAGCGAGGAGAGCCAGAAACCUUCCUUCCUCUGGAUUACUUGGAGGUAAAACCCACUGAUGAGAAGCUGCGUGAGCUAAAAGGAGCAAAGCUGGUGAUUGAUGUCAUCCGCUACGAGCCGCCACACAUCAAGAAGGCUCUGCAGUAUGCCUGCGGUAAUGCCCUGGUGUGUGAUAAUGUUGAAGAUGCUCGUCGGAUAGCCUUUGGAGGACAUCAGAGGCACAAAACUGUUGCUUUGGAUGGCACUCUGUUCCAGAAGUCUGGUGUGAUCUCUGGUGGUGCCAGUGACUUGAAAGCCAAAGCCAGGCGAUGGGAUGAAAAAGCAGUGGAUAAACUCAAAGAAAAGAAGGAAAAAUUAACGGAAGAGCUAAAGGAGCAAAUGAAAGCCAAGCGUAAGGAGGCCGAGCUAAGACAAGUCCAGUCUCAAGCUCACGGUCUGCAGAUGAGACUUAAAUAUUCGCAGAGUGAUCUGGAGCAGACCAAAACCCGACACUUGGCAAUGAACAUGCAGGAAAAAUCCAAGCUGGAAAGUGAGCUGGCCAACUUCAACCCACGGAUCAAUGACAUUAAAAAGAUCAUUCAGAGCCGCGACAAGGAGAUGAAGGACUUGAAGGAGAAGAUGAAUCUGGUGGAAGACGAGGUGUUUAAGGAGUUCUGCGAGGAGAUUGGUGUCCGUAACAUCCGAGAGUUCGAAGAGGAGAAGGUCAAGAGACAGAACGAGAUUGCAAAGAAGAGGUUGGAGUUUGAGAACCAAAAGACCCGUCUGGGUAUCCAACUUGAUUAUGAGAAGAACCAGCUGAAAGAGGACCAAGGGAAAGUUCAGCAGUGGGAGCAGUCUGUGAAGAAAGAUGAAAAUGAAAUAGAAAAACUUAAAAAGGAGGAGCAAAGGCACAUGAAGAUCAUAGAUGAGACGAUGGCGCAGCUGCAAGAUCUGAAAAACCAGCACCUGGCCAAGAAGUCGGAGGUCAAUGACAAGAACCAUCUCAUGGAGGAGAUCCGCAAGAAGCUAGGGGGUGCCAACAAAGAAAUGACACAUCUACAAAAGGAAGUCACGGCCAUUGAGACCAAAUCCGAGCAGAAGAGGAGUGAUCGGCACAAUUUGCUGCAAGCCUGCAAAAUGCAAGAUAUAAAGCUCCCCCUGUCUAAAGGCACUAUGGAUGACAUCAGCCAGGGAGAGGGUGGCUCUCAGGGCGAGGAAUCUGUCGGCGGCUCCCAGAGAUCCUCCACGGUGUACGCGCGAGAAGCGUUGAUCGAAAUAGACUACAGCGAGCUCUCCGAGGACCUGAAGGACGCGGUAGCGGACGACGACAUCAAGCAGGAGAUGAGCUCGUUGCAUCAGAAGCUGAACGAGCAGCAAAGCGUCUUGCAGCGGAUUUCCGCCCCCAACAUGAAGGCCAUGGAGAAACUGGAGAGCGUCAGAGACAAAUUCCAGGAGACGUCAGACGAGUUUGAAGCCGCUCGCAAACGCGCAAAGAAAGCCAAGCAGGCCUUUGAGCAGACGAAGAAGGAGAGGUUUGACCGGUUCAAUGCGUGCUUCGAGUCUGUGGCCACCAACAUCGAUGAGAUCUACAAAGCUUUGUCCAGAAACAGCAGUGCCCAGGCUUUCCUGGGACCGGAGAACCCCGAGGAACCCUACUUGGAUGGUAUCAACUAUAACUGCGUGGCUCCGGGGAAACGGUUCCGACCCAUGGACAACUUGUCUGGAGGAGAGAAAACUGUCGCAGCUCUGGCUCUGCUCUUUGCCAUCCACAGUUACAAGCCGUCGCCAUUCUUCGUUUUGGAUGAAAUAGACGCUGCUCUGGAUAACACCAACAUAGGAAAGGUGGCCAACUAUAUUAAGGAGCAGUCCAUGACCAACUUCCAGGCAAUCGUCAUCUCCCUCAAGGAGGAGUUCUACACCAAGGCGGAAAGUUUGGUUGGAGUUUACCCGGAGCAAGGUGACUGUGUGAUCAGCAAAGUACUGACCUUCGACCUUACCAGUUACCCAGAUGCCAACCCGAACCCAAAUGAGCAAUAGGCGGACCUGACGUUGGGAGUUUUAUAAUGACUUUGUUUUGUGGACUCCGGGCUCUUUCUUUUGCUUGUCGUACGCCCCAGAACUUUC